AUGUCAUCUGGAAUCCAAUCAUUGUUGAAGACUGAAAAAGAAGCUGCUGAGAUUGUCAACGAAGCAAGAAAGUACAGAACCAACAGAUUGAAGUCUGCCAAGGCCGACGCCCAAUCUGAAAUCGAUGAAUACAAGAAACAAAAGGAAUCUGAGUUGAAGAAGUACGAAGAUGACCAUGCUGGAUUGAACGACUCCAUCAGUAAGGAUGCUGACACCCAAGUCGAAAAGGAAUUGCAAGACAUCAAAUCCAAGUACGCUGAAAAGAAAUCUUCAGUUGUUAAGUUGUUGGUCGAUGCCACCCUCAACCCAACUCCAGAAUUACACAUCAAUGCUAGUCAAUAA